AUGAAGGAGAGCUUCGACGAGUGGCCCGCUACGCUAUUAGACUACCGCCGUGGCUACCGCGUGCUCGUCGCGUUGAACGAGCAGAGGAAGCUCCUCGCUGCAUGCUGGUUUGUUAGGCACAACAACCACCUCUACUGCCCGGCAUUUGCGACUCGUCGCGAGUUCCGGGGCCAGGGCAUCGGCGAGGCGAUGAUGACCGAACUCAAGGCGAUUGCCGACGGUGGGCGGGUCUUGAUCGCCGCAGAACUGGGCAGCGUCGCGCUCUGGCAGCGCUGGGGUUUCUGCAGAUGCCGCGAUGGGCGCGAGGACGAAGAGGCGUGGGCUCUUGACGCAGCGUACGGCGUCUUCACUCGCGCAUCCACACGGCUGAUGCGCGGCAAAACACGAGCCGAGGUCGCGUACAGGGACCGAUGCUGGGACCAGUACUACAGCGGGUGGGAGGGUGAUUUCUACUUCGGCAACAGCAGCCUGCUGAUAACGGGUGUCCAUCAAUUGAGCCUUCUCGGUUCGGGCCCUCUUCGCUCGCGCCUGUGGUUUGAGCCGGGGCAUGGCGUGCAGCUGGUCUCUUCGCACAACAUCUCGGUCGGCGGCUUCUCGGUCGACUGCCCGCAGGCGCCGUUUGCACAGGGGCGGGUCGUUGGUGCCUCGGCCAGAGAGCUGUGGAUUGACUUUGAGCUGGAGGAGGGCUUUGCCCGGCCGACCGAGUCGGGCCUCUUCUCUGCGAGUGACGAGAUCAAAGCCAUCUUCUGGCACAGCAAGACGCGAAAGAUGCGUCGGACACAGACAAUGUUUGCCCCCGCAACGCGCUUUGCGCGCACUCGCGGCAGCACCGGCUACCGUGCGUGGUUGCCUCAUCACAUGCCCUUCGUGCCCUCGGAUGGAGAUCUGAUCACACUGUCGCCGCGAUUGUGGUCGAAGCCAACAGCGUACCCGAGCUUCUACAAGGGAUCCUUUCUGCUCCUCAACUCGAGCAAGAUCACCACCGAGAACGUUCACAUCCAUUGCAGCGCCACCAUGACCAUACUCGAGAUGGGUGGAGACGGCGGACAUGUGUACCGGCGCGUAUCUGUCCGCCGCAAGACGCGCCCGCCCUAUCCUCACCGUCUUCUAGCGAGCAACAGCGACGGGCUGCACUCCUUCUCCGUGCGCAGCGGGCCGAAGCUCGUCGACUCUUUCUUCGAGUUCCUUGCCGAUGACUUUGUAAACAUGCACAACCGCGUCUGGCCGUUGGUCACCGUGCGGGGAGGCGGUGCGCAGCUCCUGGCCCUUGAUCCUAGUUCAGGACUUGGUGCUGGCUUGGACGUGGUGCACACGCCUGAAAGCGUGUGGCCGGGCUCAAAGAUCACUGUUUAUGACUUCAAGACGCGCAAGCAGCUCGGAGAAGCGUCGGUGGUGUCAGCCGUCGAGCUGAACCCCUCGGCAGUGCCCCCAGCACAUGUGAUGGUCGCUGGCAUUCAACGCCGCCUCGGCAGACCCGUGAAAGGGUUUGAGGAGGGCACGGGGCGACUCUUCAAGCUAUGGGUGUCACCGAGGCUGAAGGUGCUGGAAUAUGCCAGGUUUUCUGCAUUCGUUCAGUUUGACGAUCUCAACGGCAGUGGCGCUGUCAUUGCCAACAACCAUUUCACCGAUUCGUAUUGCAACUUGGCGCGCAUCGCCACGAGCAACGCGCUCAUCGAGCGGAACGUGUUCAGCCGCGGACAGGACGGGGUGCACAUACGCUUCUUGCCGGAUUUUCUGGAGGGGAGCGCCGGGCUCGUCAAUAUUACCCUCCGCGAGAACGUCUUCACGUCGAUCCGUGGCUGCGGUGACGGCGCGUGCGACACGUUUUGUGAGGACAUGGCAUGCAUUUUGCAGAACGUCGACGAAGAAAUCCGAGCAGAGGUCAUUGACGUCGGCAAUCGAGUGCAUAGGGCUCAGGGGCAGCACUUAGUCAGCUAG